ACAGGCAGUCCUAUCGGCAGUAGAGGGGAAGGAAAAGGACUGAAGUAGUGGCUGGACGUGAUAGAUGUUUGUUUUAUUUAUGGGAGAUCUCCAUGUUCAGCAACAGCGACUGAAAGGACAAGACAGAGAGAAGGCGGAGGGCAAAGAUAAGUGUCAAUCUGUUGAGACUUGUUUGGGAAUUUGAGGGAGGAGGGGAGGUGCGGAGACUGAGAGAGAGGCAACGAGAGAAAACCAACGAGAGUAAACAUUAAGUUUUUGAUUAGAGUUAAUGUAGUGAGAGAGAAAGAAAAAGGCAUUUCAGAUUUAUUUGAAAAAAGCAAGCCGUUUGUUAUGUCAUCUAGACAGUGUGAAUACAUGGAAGGAAUUCCUAUGUGUUGUGCAAUCCCAUGCUUUUGAGCUGAGCUGGACUGGAGGGGGCUGACUGGAUCUCCCCAGGAUACCACAUUCAGGUUCUCCAUAUUAUGGUACAAUGGGGACCAAAAGGCCCAGCUGCACCCUCUUUGACACUUUAUCUAACAUAAACACGUCUGACCGCAAGCUUCAGCCACGUGGAAAAAUCUGCCGGGAUCCUAGUCCCAGGCCAACGAUGACUGCCCAGUCGGAGCGAGAGAGAGACAGCAACCGAGAGGAAGACCGGAGGAGGGAAAGAGAAAUGGAGAAAAUGAGAGACAAAGCAAGAUACAAAGAAAUGGACCCACGGGAGGGAUACUAUGAAAGAGCUCCUGCACCCAGGGCGAGAGAGGGAGAAAGAGAGUGGAGGGAGAGAGAAAGGAGGCAAGAAGGCGAGAGAAACAGAAACGGGUGGCCAGUGUCAAAUGUAGAGAGGUACACUGACAGAGAGGUGGAAAGGGGGAAGAAAAAAGGCGAUACAUUUCCCAGAAUGACAAAAAGCAGCGCAGAAUGUGGCAGAAGAAUGAUGUCCACCACUGAGAUUGGUGAAGAAAAAGAAGAAUGGAGGCAGAGAGAGAGGCCGAGGCGAACAGAGACAGAUGACUGGGGGAAAGACAGAGGGAAGGCAUGGCAGAGAGAGAGGUACAGAGAGAGGGAAAGAGAUGAGAUCCGAAGCAGGGCAAGGGAAGAGGGAAAAAGGGGAGGAAGACCUGUAGAAGAUGAGAAAUUGCGACAGAGGGAGACAUAUCAGGAGUUUGAUGCUGGUUUUCAAGACAGGGGAAGAGAAGUGGGUGAUUCAUGGGACAGAAGAGAAAGAGAUGCAGCAAGAAAAAGAGAAAAGCCAAGGCCUAACAUGGGAGAGAGGGAGGCCAAGAUGACUUCCCCGCAAAGACAAAGAGACAGAGUGAUCUACUCAGAUAGGAAGGAGAGGGAAGAGGCGCACAGGAAAGAGGGAAGGAGAGACACCAGAAGUGAAGGAGACAGUGACGAGAGAGAGUUGAGGAGGGAAAUAGUGAGGGACAGAGAGAGGGAGGAGUUGAUAUAUCAACACAGCAGAAGUGAAGGGGACAACAAGGGCAAAAGGGCGAGGGAGAGAGAUCAAAAUAGGCAGGGAUACAGGGAAGAGGACAGGCAGAGAUACAGAGACAGAGAACGAGAAGUGGAUAGAACCAGGAGGAGGGGAGUGGAAAAAGAUAGGGAGAGGUACAGAGAGGUUGACAAGAGAGCAGCAAUGGAGGCAGACAGGGAGGGAGAGAGAUGGAAGGAAAGUGGGAGAGACUUCAAGGAAGACAGAGCGUGGUCAAAUGACAGGAAAGAGGAUGGUAGGUACAGAGAGUAUGAGCAGAGGAGAGACAGAGAAAGAAAGGAGAGAGAGGCUGAUCCCAGGUGGGAUGAUACAGCAGGCAGAAACAGCCGAUCCCUGAACAAGACGGCUCCUAGGGUGCCACCCCAAUCCCAGAGCAGUGGAGAGUGGAGCAGCGACAUGGACAGUGAGACGAGAUAUAGAAGAGGUAGAGACAGUUAUGAAGAGAGGGAAUCGGGGAGAGAGAGCAUUACUGAGAGUGAAAUAGAUUUAGAAGAACAGAGAGAUCCAGAGAGAGCUGCUGAAAGUGGUCAAAGGGAGCAGAAAAGAAGUGAAAGACAUGAGAGAGAUAGAGGAGAAAUAUCCGGCAGCAUGCCAGAGCCGAGAAGGAUGUGGUUAGAGCCGCAGAGGGGUAAGAAUAGUAAAAAAGAAUUUGUAGACAGAGAGAGACACACAAAGCGGAAAGAGAAGAGGAGAGAAGAAGGGAGGAGUAUGGAGUCACAGGAAGGGUGGGGAAGAGAGGGAAGACUGGAAAAGGAGGAACCAGAUGAGAGGUGCUUGGAAAAAAGCAGUUACAUACGAAGACAUGCAGGGAGAAAUGAGUACAGGGGAGACAUAGAGAGGGCGUACGAGGGUAUCAGUGUAGAUGGAGAGGAGGUGGGAGAGGUCUGGAGAGAGACAGAUAAGGGAAGGAAGGAAUAUUGGUCUGACAGCAAUGGUGGGAGAGAGAGAAGCUGGCAGAGGGAUGCAGAGAGAGAGAACAUGGCAGAUAACACGGAGGAGAGUGACAAGGAGGAAGACGGUGGGAGCGAUUACUUGGCCUACUCCAACAAAGAAGGAGGAAGUGACUCAGGGUGGAAGCAAGAGAGAGAUGGGAUGCUGUCCGGAGAGGACGGCUUUGUGACCGUGUCCAGCAGCGGAGACGAGGAGGAUGACAGAGAGGACGAUGAAGAUGAGGAGUUUGAGGACUGCCAGGAGUUCUGGGAAGGUGGAGUUGCAUAUGACGGCUCCUCACCUGUUGGCUUCAAGGGGUAUGAGGGAGAUGAGGAGAAGGAAGGGGAAUGGACAAUGGGGAAGGAGGAGGCCCUUGAUGAGGGGGAAAUGGGGAGGGAAAAGCAGCGGAAGUACGUGUUCUGUGUGAUUGGGCAAACCUUGCCCCAGUCGAAACUUGGAGAUAUGUCACCGUCACAAGUUGAUCAGAUAGAAAGUGUUGAAAGAGACAAAAAAAUUCUAGGAAGGUGUCAUCACUGUAGCGAUGACGUUGCACAGAGACCUCAGGAUGAUAGGCAUCUGACACUGAGUAGACACGAGGAACACCCAGUCAUCAACAACCAGGACACAGAAGGCAAGAGUGAGCAUGACACAGCAAGGAAGGAGAGGUUCGCCAUAGGAGAAACAACUAUAGUGGAUAUCAGAUACAGAGCGUCUUCAGAGAUUCAAGACACAGAGACUGGAGAGGAAAUGAGGAGCAAAGUGGAGCACCCAAAUGCUGAAACAGGGCAGAUUAAAAGAGACUCAAAGACUGAAAGACUCCUCAUAGAGUGGAGAGAAAAAAAUAAAGAACUGGCUGAAAGAGAAAUGGGGGAACUUUCUCCGGUCCCGAGUAAUCCCUAUGCUUAUGUUUGUUCUCAGGACAGUUUUGAACAAAUUCAACCCAUCUUCGAUGGGAUAAACACUGGAGCAAUGAGUCCAGAAGAGGUGGAGGCCAUUCGAAUCCGAAUGAGUGGGGCAUGGAGCAUGUCUGAGGAGCCCAAACGGCAUUCCCAAGCCCCCCACCUGAAAUGGGCCAAAAACGUGGUUCGUGAGAUCCUGGGAAACUCAGAGGAACAGACUGUGGAUGAACUGGACUCAGAAAAACAAGGACAUCAAGUAGUCAACCAGUCUGAGACAGUGAUCAAGGACAACACACAGCAGGAGGAGGUUUCACAAGGGACUGGAGAGAUUCCUGUUGUUAAGUUGAACGAACAUCACUCUCAGGCAGAGUUGGAGGAGGAAGAGCCGUUGGAGGUGGAGGGAUUGAGAGGUAUGGGGCAGAGCCAAGCUGACAUGCAUGCUGACCAGUUCACAGCUAUGCAUGAUGACACACCCACACACACUCAUGCUGACACACUGUUAGACACAGAAGGGGAGGAGGAUCACAGUGUGGACAAAGAGACUGAGCCUUCUGGUGGCCCUCAGUUAGAAAAGGCAGAUAUAGAGGUGAAAAUUACUCAAGAAGGAGGCGAUGAGGUUACAUUAUCAAAAACAGAAAAAGAAGAAAGCAAAGAGAAAGAAGUGGAAAUGUAUUUAUCUGUGAGCAACACACUGUACAAGCCUCACAGCUGCCCCAUUCUUAAUUAUGGAUCUGAUUCUGAUCUCCUCAUCCCCUCCAGAGAGGGUAAGAGCCAUGAGGAGGAAGACAGAAUGGGUGAAAGUGAACAGGACAGGCAGGGAGGAGAGGCCGAGCAGAGGGGUACCGCAGUGGAGGCAGGAAAGACGAGUGUAGGAGAAGAAAUUGAGGUGGAAAGCAGUGAAGGAGAGGUGGUGGCAGAAAGGGAAAUAGAAGGAGGGACUCUGGCGAGCACCUGCAGUUUCCGAGAUUUGGGUCCCGAGGCUCGAAUACGAAGGAGGGGAAUCCGUAAAACCACUGAAAGAAGAAAUGGAGAGCUUGUAGAAGUGGAAGAAGUGGAAGGUGUUGGAAGGGAUCGCAGAACCAGAAUAUUCUCUACAACAGAUGAUGAGGAUGAUCGGAGCAAAAGCUGGGGAGAAGUGGAGCUGAGGAAUGUUUUGGACACGAUUGAAAGAAAGAAAAGGAAUUCAAAGUUUUUCAAUGCUGCCCAGCUCUACCAGCAGUACAGUGAGGCCGCACAGAACUUUGAGAUCCUGCGUCAGUCUCGCUCCGAUGUCCUGUCUGUGUGCGAGGACAAUGCCCCCUCUCCGGCUCCCUCACCUCCUCCUGCCCGCAGACCUUUACCUCCCCUACCUCCUGUCCCGCACCCCCACUCCUUGUCCCACACAGGGUCCAUCACCAGUGUCAAAAGCUUGCCUGUUCCUGAGCCUCCCAAGAGCGAGGGCAGGCCUUCCUCUCCACGUCUUUCCAUCUCACUCACACAGUCGGCCACAUUGUGGCGUGACCUGCCAGGGGUCAGGAACAGCGGUGAGCUGGAGGAGCUCACAGAGGACCAGGGGCGACUACAGGAGGUGAGAUUUGAAGUAGUGACCUCAGAAGCCUCCUACUGUCGGAGUUUGGACAUUGUUGUUGAACAUUUUGUCAAGUCAAAACAGCUGGGGGCGCUGUUGACCACUCAAGAUAGAAACUGGCUGUUUUCCCGGCUGGCUGACGUUCGUGCCAUCAGCCACAGUUUUUUGUCAAAGCUGGAGGAGCGGGUGGAAACAGACAUCGUGCACUUCACCGUGUGUGAUAUCAUCGCUCGGCACUGUCAGCGCUUCAAAAUGGUUUAUGUGCCCUACCUCACCAACCAGUCCUACCAGGAUGCCACCUACCAGAGACUCAUGAAUGAGAAUCCAGGGUUCAAGCGGAUUGUGGAAAAAUUAGAGAGGAGUCCUGUUUGUCAGAGACUUCCUCUUCGUUCUUUCCUUGUCCUUCCUUUCCAAAGGAUCACAAGAAUAAAGCUGCUGGUCCAGAACAUUGUGAAGAGGACAACUCCAGGUACUGCGGAGGCGACGCAGGCCAUCAAAGCUUUGAAACUUCUGGAGAAGCUGAUUCAAGAGAGUAAUGAUAGCAUCUCUCAGAUGAAAAACAUCGAGUCCCUGGUCUCGCUUAGUGCUAAGGUUGACUUUGAGUGCAGGACUCUCCCUCUGAUCAGUCAGUCUCGGAGGUUGGUGCGGGAAGGACCGGUCACCGAGCUGAUGGAUUUCUCUCUAAAAGACACAGAGAGGAACAUUUACUUGCACCUGUUCAAUGACUACUUACUACUGUCAUUACAAAAAGAAGGUGGAAGAUUUACAGUAAUUGACCACUCUCCUGUAUCAGAGCUACGUGUAGAGAACUGCCGUGUAAAGCUUCACUCCUUGCAGAAGAACCUGUUCCGGCUGCACAUGUCACACAAAUCCCUGCUGCUAAGGACUGACACACAGAGUGAUAAGCUUCGUUGGAUAUCUGCCCUAUCCCAGCCACAUCCUGAAAUAGAUUUUUCUGCAGCUCAAGAUUUUCCACAGAUGCAGUGUAUUCGAGCUUUUGUUGCCCAGCAGCCUGAUGAGCUGUCCUUAGAAAAGGCUGACAUUGUUCUAGUGCACCAACAAAGCAGCGACCAUUGGGUAGAGGGGACCAGACUGUCCGAUCGGCAUCAUGGAUGGGUGCCCGAGUCCCAUUUGGAAAUCAUAAGCAGCUCAAGAGUCCGACAACGCAACCUGUCAGAUGCACUCAAACUCACAACUGCCACAGCUGCAGUUUGAGCAGGACACGCAGAGUGGGACUACACAGUGGGACAUCCUGGAUGCACAGUAAAGGAUAAGACACUCAGUAGUCUACUUCAAACUGCUGGAAACUGGACAGUGGACAUUUAGUGAACCAAAUGGAAAUGCUGUGAGAAGGCAUCUCAAUGUAGCAUUGUUUCACUCGGUGGAACAAUAUAUUGCCAUAAAGCAAUGCAGGAACUGCUGAGGCCUACCUGAAAGACAUUAAAGGUGUUGUGACUGCAUUAACUGUCAUCUAUGUCACAAACAACAUUGUGUGUAAGAUAAUAAAUCAAUGGACAGGUGUUUUUAGAAAGGGAAAUCGCCUUUUUUCCAAGAAUUUUUUUUUUGUGUUUAUCCUGAAAUUAAACUGAUGUUAAUGAUGUAUUUUUUAUUGAAAAUUGGGCCCCUGCAUGCAGGAGAGCUGAUGGAAAUCAUGCAAAAUGUACAACAGAAACAAGUCAAAGAUGCCAAGAGCUUCAUAGGUUACACAGUGAAAACAUUUCAAUAAACUCAGAUUGGUGCAAUAAAAUCA